CAAUAUGGCGUCCCCCACAUAGGCAGGGACCGUGGUUUCUAGCCUAGGUGGCCUGGGUCAGUGCUGAGCUGGUGCUCCCAGUUUUUCCAGCCCCGGCCACAGAAGGUAUCAGUCAAAUUUCAUUUCGGCCCCUGGAAGCCACACCCUGACGAGGGUCAGGAGUCGCCGCUUCUGUUUAGUUCCUGCAGAUUCCUCCUCUGCCCGCGGUUGGUUUCCCGCGCCACCUCCGCGGACACCCGAGGUCCCUGACUUGCACAGUCUAAUCAUGAGUCUUCGGCAGUUGCAGUUACGCUUGCCCCGUUGUCUCGGAGCCUCGGGUCCCCCGCGGCGCUUGUGGUCCCGGCCCCUCGACACCGUCUUCUCAGGGUGCAGACACCAUCUCCUCCUGGGCUCCUGCCGAGCGCAGUCCUCCAGGUCCCCGGCCCACUGGAACCAGGUGGUGUCAGAGGCGGAGAAGAUAGUGGGCUACCCCACGUCCUUCAUGAGCCUCCGCUGCCUGCUGAGCGACGAGCUCAGCAACAUCGCCAUGCAGGUGCGGAAGCUGGUGGGCACUCAGCACCCGCUGCUGACCACGGCCAGGGGCCUUGUCCAUGACAGCCGGCACAACCUGCAGUUGAGGGGACUGGUGGUGCUGCUUAUUUCCAAAGCAGCUGGGCCCAGCAGUGUGGAUGUCUCAUGUCAGAACUAUGACAUGGUCAGUGGGAUCUACUCAUGUCAAAGAAGCUUGGCAGAGAUCACAGAACUUAUCCAUACUGCUCUCCUUGUACAUCGUGGAAUAGUAAAUUUAAGUGAAUUGCAGUCUUCGGAUGGGCCACUGAAGGAUAUGCAAUUUGGAAAUAAAAUAGCCAUCCUGAGUGGAGAUUUUCUUCUAGCAAAUGCCUGCAAUGGACUCGCUCUGCUACAGAACACCAAGGUUGUGGAACUUUUAGCAAGUGCUCUUAUGGACUUGGUACAAGGAGUAUACCAUGAAAAUUCAACUUCCACAAAGGAAAAUUGUAUCACAGAAGACAUCGGAAUAUCAGCUUGGAAGGAGCAGACUUUCCUCUCCCAUGGUGCCUUGCUAGCGAAGAGCUGCCAAGCUGCAAUGGAGUUAGCAAAGCAUGGCGCAGAGGUUCAGGAGAAGGCAUUCCAGUACGGGAAGCACAUGGCCCUGAGUCACAAGAUCAAUUCUGACCUCCAGCCCUUCAUUAAAGAAAAGAGCAGUGACUCCAUGGCCUUUAAUCUGAACUCAGCACCUGUAGUCUUACAUCAGGAGUUUCUUGGAAGAGAUUUGUGGAUGAAGCAGCUUGGAGAGGCUCAAGAAAAAGGAAGAUUAAAUUACGCUAAGUUGCGAGAAACAAUCAAAGCUGGCAAAGGUGUGACUUCGGCUAUUGACCUGUGUCGUUACCAUGGAAACCAGGCCCUGGCGGCCCUGGAGAGCUUCCCUCCCUCGGAGGCCAGAUCUGCUUUAGAAAACAUUGUGUUUGCUGUGACCAGGUUUUCAUGACACCAAAUUAAAAAAAAAAAGACCCCAUUGUUCCUUUCCACCGAACAAACCUGGGCCAUGAGGUGAUGGGACGGCUUUUGUGAUGAAAAAUCUAAAUGUGUUAAUGACUUUAACUCCUCCCCACCUUUUCCCCUUCCCUCUUAUCAUGUUGCUAAAUGAACACUGCCUUCUUAUCGGAACUGCUACAAACAAAAUUUAGAAGAGAAAAAACAAAAAAGGUCAAGCAGUUUUCACUUGUCACGCCAGAAGCACACUUGAAGCUGCAGAAGCAGAAAUAAUUAAUGAGAUUCGCUCCUGUGACCUCAGCAAAUGGACAGGAAAUAAGUCCUUAUUGAUUGGCCUGAGCCAGCGAUGGCGCCAGGGCGGUAGCCUGUGGUUUUCCUUCCAGGGGGACACAGCAAGCUGGAAGCUGCAGGUGUCAAGAGGAACACCAUCCAUACCGGCCAGUGCAGACAGCGAAUCAGAAACGAGUGACUGGUUUGUCGUAACGGAGCACAGUUCAAUGAAUCAAGGGAAAAAAAAUACUUCUUUUGCCAUCUUGCAAUUAUGUCUCUGCAUCUUUAGAUAAAAAUAUGAUUAAACCUUG